UUCCUCGUGUUAGCGCGAUUUCAGUUUUUUUUUUCUCUCUCAAAUAUUGUCUGAAUUUCGAUCAUCACUUUAUUUUAAUGUUAAUAAUAUUUAGUUUUGCUGGUUUCUGAUUUAGAAGAUUCUCGAUCAGCGGAAAUCUCAAUACUGUUUUGUUUUAUUAGAGCGUCAAACUGAAACUGUAGAGCGAAGAAAAGAAACGCUGCGAAAUCAACAUUUCGGUUUUCUCGAGUUGGCGAUAGUUUCCGACUUUCUGCUCUGCGCCGGAAAGUACUUUCUUCGCGAUUCGGGAAAAAACUUCCUUCACGAAAAAAAAAACACUAUUGAAUCUCGUAACGGCUGAUUGAUUUGAAUCUCGAUGUGAUCGCCGUGAGUUGAGUCCGAAUCCAAUGGGGAAAUUUCUCGCCGGUUUCGUGCUGCCUUCGCUGCUUCUGUCAGCUGCUUUAAUCAAUUGGAGUUUGAUCUCUCUCAUUGAUUUGAUAGCAUUUCUUCUCAUCCUGUACAAUGUAUCACAAUUAGGAUUUCAUAUCCACAGGAGGUUUUUGUUACUGUGGCCUAUUGUUAUCUUUUCUGUAGUUGCAAUACUUUCUCAAGUAACUUAUCUGGUAAUAUGGGCUGUUAAGCCAAUGCCAUGGAGUACACCAGAUGCUUCGUGGGCAAAGUUGAUUGGGUUUAUGAUAGUUCAGACUUGGAAGUCUCCUUAUGUAAUUUAUUUCCUGGUCAUACAACUGCUAGCUCUUCUUGUUGCUUUGGUUGAUAUAUACGGGAAGAGAGAUUUUCUGAAAACAUGGCAAGAUCCAUCUUGGGGUCAUUUCAUAUCAAUUAUGGAACAUUUAGGUUCUCAUCUCCAGGUGGCAUCUUGCUUGCUAUUGCCUGCUAUUCAACUAGUUGUUGGAAUUAGCCAUCCUUCAUGGGCAUCACUACCUUUUUUCAUUGGUAGUUGUGUUGGUCUUGUGGAUUGGUCUUUGACAAGCAACUUUCUUGGGCUUUUUAGGUGGUGGAGGCUUCUUCAGCUGUAUGCAGGUUUUACUAUAUUCCUUCUAUACAUAUAUCAACUUCCCAUGGAACUUCCAAGUAUGAUUCAUUGGAUGGCUGAUUUAAUUGGUCUUUACAAAAUAUCUGCCAAUUCAGAGUGGCCUAAAAUUUGUUCCAGCAUUUCUCUCAUGUUUUACUAUAUAAUGCUGUCUUUUAUUAAAUCUGAUUUGGAGGAGAUGGGUUUUAUUAUUUCCAGGACAGAUUGUAGCUUGACUGAGCAACUUCUUCCCUCUAAGCAUUCAUUUUUUAUUCGUGAAUCAAGAUCUGGUGUGAGGCACACAAAUGUUUUACUCAGAGGAGCUGUUUUUCGAACUUUCAGUAUCAACUUUUUCACGUAUGGUUUCCCGGUCUCCUUGUUUGUCCUUUCAUUUUGGAGCUUCCAUUUUGCAAGCUUAUGUGCAUUUGGGCUACUUGCUUAUGUCGGCUACAUUGUCUAUGCCUUUCCUUCGUUAUUUCGUCUGCACAGAUUGAAUGGGCUGCUUCUUGUCUUCAUUCUCUUUUGGGCUGUUAGCACCUAUAUAUUUAAUGUGGCAUUUACAUUUCUGAAUUGGAAACUUGGACGGGACAUGAAAAUCUGGGAGAUGGUGGGACUGUGGCACUAUCCAAUACCUGGAUUUUUUUUGCUCGCACAAUUUUGUCUUGGAAUUUUGGUUGCAUUAGGUAAUCUUGUGAACAAUUCAGUUUUCCUCUGCUUGUCUGAUGAGGGUGGGCUAUCUUCAAAUGACUUUUCCUCAGUAAAAGUGGAGGGAGAGACUAAGGUAUUGAUUGUGGCAACAAUUGCAUGGGGACUGCGCAAAUGCUCUCGGGCUAUCAUGCUGACAUUGAUCUUUUUCAUUGCUAUAAAACCUGGUUUCAUCCAUGCUGUAUAUAUGAUAUUCUUCCUGAUGUACCUUUUGAGCCAUGAUGUCAGUAGAAAGAUGAGACAAGCUUUGAUUCUCUUAUGCGAGAUUCAUUUUUCACUGUUGUAUGUUCUUCAAAUUAAUUUGAUCUCAACUGCGCUGGAGAAAAAAGGCUCUUUAAGCAUGGAAGUUGUAAUGCAAUUAGGUCUCCGUAAAGAAGAUAGUGCCUGGGAUUUCUUGGAAGUAGCUUUGCUUGCUUGCUUCUGUGCAAUUCAUAACCAUGGUUUUGAGAUGUUAUUUUCAUUUUCAGCAAUCAUACAGCAUGCCCCUGGCCCUCCUAUUGGAUUUGGCAUUUUGAAAGCUGGUCUUAACAAAUCCGUUCUAUUGUCUGUAUAUUCUUCCUCCUCUGUGAGAAACAGUGAUGAAAGUUUGUCUUAUGAAAGGAGAAUAGCAUCAUACCUGAGUGCAAUUGGGCAGAAAUUCCUAUCAAUAUACCGAUCAUGUGGCACCUACAUUGCUUUUGUGACUAUUCUUCUCACAGUAUACAUGGUGAGACCUAAUUGCAUAUCAUUUGGUUACAUAUUCCUUCUCCUUCUUUGGAUUAUUGGAAGACAACUUGUCGAGAGAACAAAAAGACAGCUUUGGCUUCCAUUGAAAGUGUAUGCAAUUUUGGUGUUUAUCUUCAUAUAUAGCUUGAGCAGCUUCUCAAGCCUAGAGAUGUGGUUGUCCAAAUUAAUAGAUCUCUACUUUUAUCUGGGAUAUGACUCAAAAGCAUCUUCUUUCGACAAUGUUUGGGAAUCUCUGGCAGUCUUAAUUGUUAUGCAACUUUAUAGCUAUGAGAGGAGGAAGAACAAGCAGAACAGGCAGGAUCACUUGGAUCAGUUAGAACCAGGGGCACUUGGGUUUAUCAGGCGAUUUAUUAUCUGGCACAGCCAGAAGAUCUUGUUCAUUGCUCUGUUUUAUGCAUCUUUAAACUCAAUUAGUGCAUUUGGUUUCUUGUAUCUGGUUGGCCUCAUCUUCUGCUCCAUUUUACCAAAAACUUCUAGUAUCCCAUCCAAAUCAUUCUUAGCAUACACAGGUUUUUUGGUGACAGCUGAGUAUGUUUUUCAGAUGUGGGGUAAGCAGGCUAAAAUGUUUCCUGGGCAGAAGUAUUCUGAUAUAUCUCUCUUUUUGGGUUUCCACGUAUUCCAGCCUGGCUUUUGGGGUCUAGAAUCUGGAUUGAGGGGAAAAGUGCUAGUGAUUGUGGCUUGUACUCUUCAAUACAAUGUCUUCCGUUGGCUGGAGAGGAUGCCAAAUACAGUUCUAAGCAAAGGACAGUGGGAAGAACCUUGUCCUUUGUUUGUUCCCACAGAAGAUGUAUUCAUUGAUGAUGCUAUGUGCAAUGAGGAAAGUAAAUCAUCAUAUAAUUCAAAUCUGCCGUCUGCAAUAAAAGAAGGGGUGUCAGGCAAGUCACUGCAAAUUAUUACCUCUGGUCUUUCCCAAGCACUUGAUACUCCAUCCUCUAAAACAGGAGAUUCUUCUGACAGUAGCAGUAAAAAGUAUUCAUUUGGGUUUAUUUGGGGAAGUUCCAAGGAGAGUCAGAAGUGGAAUAAAAAGCGGAUUGUUGCUUUGAGAAAGGAGCGAUUUGAAACACAGAAAACUGUCUUAAAAGUAUAUUUGAAAUUUUGGAUGGAAAAUACAUUUAAUUUAUUUGGACUUGAGAUAAACAUGAUAUCAUUACUACUGGUAAGCUUUGCCUUGUUGAAUGCAAUAUCCAUGAUGUAUAUUGCACUGCUUGCUGCUUGUGUUCUUCUGAAUCGACAUAUUAUAUGCAAAGUCUGGCCUAUAUUUGUCUUUUUGUUUGCUUCCAUUCUCAUCCUGGAAUACUUAGCCAUCUGGAAGGAUAUGUUACCUUUGAAUUCUCAUGCUUCAAGUGAGAUUCGUUGCCAUGACUGCUGGAAAACUUCAACUCUGCAUUUCAGUUAUUGCCAAAAGUGUUGGCUCGGACUUAUUGUUGAUGAUCCCAGGAUGUUGAUUAGCUACUUUGUGGUAUUCAUGCUGGCUUGCUUCAAACUUCGUGCAGAUCGCCUGCCUAGCUUUUCAGGAUCAUCAACAUAUCGUCAGAUUAUGUCUCAACGUAGGAACACAUUUGUUUGGCGAGAUCUAUCUUUUGAAACUAAAAGCAUGUGGACCUUUGUUGACUAUUUGAGGCUUUACUGUUAUUGCCAUCUGCUAGAUCUUGUCCUGAUAUUAAUAUUGAUUACUGGAACUCUUGAGUAUGACAUUUUGCAUCUUGGUUAUCUAGCCUUUGCUCUGAUAUUCUUUCGCAUGAGACUUGAAAUACUGAAGAAGAAGAACAAAAUAUUCAAGUUCUUACGCAUAUACAACUUUGCUGUUAUUAUUAUUUCUCUUGCUUAUCAGUCUCCUUUUAUUGGGGGACCAAGUGCUGGGAAGUGUGAGACAGCAAAUAACAUUUAUGAAAUGAUUGGUUUUUAUAAAUAUGAUUAUGGUUUUCGGAUUACAGCAAGAUCUGCAAUUGUAGAGAUCAUCAUUUUUGUGCUUGUAUCACUUCAGUCAUAUAUGUUUUCCUCGCAAGAGUUUGAUUAUGUAUGCCGCUACCUAGAAGCCGAGCAAAUUGGUGCUAUUGUGCGUGAGCAAGAGAAAAAAGCUGCAUGGAAAACUGCACAAUUGCAACAAAUUCGUGAAAGUGAGGAGAAAAAACAACAGCGUAAUAUGCAGGUUGAGAAGAUGAAAUCAGAAAUGCUUAACCUGCAAACACAACUCCAUAGCAUGAACACAUCCACUAAUUGUAUUGAUGGAUUUUCUCACAACAAUGAGGGUCUGAGAAGGAGAAGGAGUGUUUCUCUUGCAUCAAAUAAUGACAUUGGAAUCCCUGAUAAAGAAGAUCAGGUUUUGGGUAGACUAGAUCAUACAAUAAGAGAGGAUUCUGUUUAUCCUAUUAAUCUGCAUGAACCAUCUGUUUGUACAAAUGUGGAAACUCCAUCAACAGAGGAGUAUAUGAAGCAUUCAGUGGAUUCUGAUUUUUGUGAAAUUACUGAAGUAGACAUUGAUACUACUUCUAGUGAUUCAGGAAAAAGGGAAAAAUUUAAAGGGCAAGCAAAAGAAAACCCUCUCAAGUCUGCUGUACAAUUAAUCGGUGAUGGUGUUUCCCAGGUACAGUUCAUUGGAAAUCAGGCAGUCAAUAACCUAGUGAGCUUCCUGAAUAUUUCACCAGAAGAUUCUGAUUCAAAUGAACACUCAAACAUUGAGGACAGCAUAUAUGACGAGAUGGAGAGUCAGAAAACUCAGCAUAUAUAUAUGGAUCGUUCUUCAUCUGUGCAGUCAGAUAAGAGUUCUGAUGCCGCAAGGCUGCAGUUGGGAAGGAUCUUUCGUUAUAUAUGGCACCAGAUGUGUUCCAAUAAUGAUGUUGUAUGUUACUGCUGCUUUGUUCUUGUGUUCUUAUGGAAUUUCAGUUUGCUAUCAAUGAUGUAUCUUGGGGCUCUCUUCUUGUAUGCUUUAUGUGUAAAUACUGGUCCAAGUUACAUCUUCUGGAUUAUCAUGCUGAUCUAUACAGAACUUUAUAUUUUACUUCAGUACCUGUACCAAAUUGUCAUCCAGCACUGUGGGUUGAGUAUCGAUCCUCACCUAUUACGAGAAUUAGGUUUUCCAACACACAAAAUCACAUCUUCAUUUGUUGUCAGUUCAUUACCUCUCUUUCUUGUCUAUUUAUUUACCCUCAUUCAAAUCUCCAUAACACCUAAAGAUGGUGAAUGGAUGUCUUCUACUGACUUCAAGUUUAAGAGGACUGAUCUCCAUGCAAAAGAUGAUCGUACUAGUUAUAACUGGCAAGAUAGAGCAUGGGAUCUGCUAAAUCAGGUUAUUAACAUGGUAAAACUGAUAAUCAUAAGCUUUUUUAGGUAUUGGAAAUCACUCACACAAGGAGCAGAAUCUCCUCCUUAUUUUGUUCAGGUGUCUAUGGAUGUCAACUUCUGGCCAGAGGAUGGGAUUCAACCAGAGAGAAUUGAAUCUGGAAUUAAUCAGGUGCUCAGAAUUGUUCAUAAUGAUAAGUGCAAGGCAAAGAACCCAAAUCUUUGCUCUUUUGCUAGCAGGGUUAAUGUUCAAAGCAUUGAAAGAAGUCAAGAGAAACCCAAUGUUGCCUUGGUUGUUUUUGAGGUUGUGUAUGCUUCACCUGUAAUUGACUGUUCUUCCACAGAAUGGAAUAAGUCUUUAACUCCAGCAUCUGAUGUGGCCAAGGAAAUCCUCAAAGCUCAGCGUGCUGGUUUUGUGGAAGAAAUGGGAUUCCCUUACCGCAUUCUUUCUGUAAUUGGUGGAGGCAAGAGAGAAAUUGAUCUGUAUGCUUACAUAUUUUGUGCAGAUCUGAUUGUAUUCUUUCUUGUUGCCAUAUUCUACCAGUCUGUCAUAAAAAAUAAAAGUGAGUUUCUCGAAGUGUAUCAGCUUGAAGACCAGUUUCCAAAAGAAUAUGUCUUUAUGUUGAUGGCUAUCUUCUUCUUGAUUGUGCUUGAUCGAAUAAUAUACCUCUGCUCAUUUGCCACGGGGAAAGUGGUUUUCUAUAUUUUCAACCUCAUUCUCUUCACAUAUUCAGUUACAGAGUAUGAUUGGCAAUUGAAGCCAUCCCAACGUAUAGCUCAGUUUGCUCUCCGUGCCAUAUUUCUUGCAAAGGCAGUUUCUCUGGGACUUCAGGCUAUACAAAUCCAAUAUGGCAUUCCUCACAAGAGCACAUUGUAUCGGCAAUUUUUGACAAGUGAAGUUUCAAGAAUCAAUUAUUUAGGAUAUAGACUUUAUCGUGCUCUGCCUUUCCUUUAUGAAUUAAGAUGUGUUCUUGACUGGUCAUGCACAACUACGUCCCUCACCAUGUAUGACUGGCUAAAGCUGGAGGACAUAAAUGCAAGUUUGUACCUUGUCAAAUGUGAUUCAGUCUUAAAUAGAGUUACACACAAACAGGGGGAGAAGCAAACAAAAAUGACCAAAUGCUGCAAUGGGAUAUGCCUUUUCUUUGUAUUAAUCUGUGUUAUAUGGGCUCCAAUGUUGAUGUAUAGCAGCGGUAACCCGACAAACAUUGCAAACCCCAUAAAAGAUGCUAGCUUUCAGGUUGAUAUCAAGACAGUAAGUGGAAGGUUGAAUUUGUAUCAAACUACUCUAUGUGAAAGACUCCGGUGGGAUUUACUAAAUUCAAAUGCCAAUCCCGAUCCUUAUGGCUAUUUGGAUGCAUAUAAUAAGAAUGAUAUCCAGUUGAUAUGCUGUCAAGCUGAUGCUAGUACAUUGUGGCUUGUUCCACUUGUUGUUCGGACCAGAUUGAUUCAUUCCCUUGAAUGGAAUACUGACAUGGAAAUUUUUUUCACCUGGAUAUUCUCAAGGGACAGGCCAAAAGGGAAAGAAGUUGUGAAAUAUGAAAAAGCUGUUGAUCCUCAAUAUCUUCCAACACAGUCUGAUGUUCAGAAGGUUCUUAAUGGCUCUAUGAACAGCUUUAGGAUUUAUAAUGUUUAUCCAAGAUAUUUCCGUGUCACUGGUUCAGGUGAUGUUAGACCUUUGGAAGAGGAUAAUGCUCUUAGUGCUGAUCUCAUUUUGAAUCGCGAGCAAUUUGAGUGGUGGGCCUUCCGAGAUUUUAAUCCAUCAAAUUUGAGUGGACUUUGUGGAGGUUUGACGGGACCUAUGGCAAUCAUAAUAUCUGAGGAGACACCACCGCAGGGCAUUCUUGGCGACACACUCAGCAAGUUCAGCAUAUGGGGGCUUUACAUAACCUUUGUUCUAGCUGUUGGACGUUUUAUCAGACUCCAAUGCGCUGACUUAAGGAUGAGAAUUCCGUAUGAGAACCUACCUUCCUGUGACAGAUUGAUAGCGAUCUGCGAGGAUAUAUAUGCUGCUAGAGCUGAGGGUGAGCUUGGAAUCGAAGAGGUCCUUUACUGGACUCUAGUGAAGAUAUACCGGUCCCCGCACAUGCUGCUUGAGUACACAAAACCUGAUUAGAAUUUUCAGUGUACCAUUUUCUGGUCACUAACAGCUAACCAGGUUCAGUGCUCACGUAUGAUUUGACUGACAUUGAACGAUGUUGGAGUCAGGAGCAAUACAAUGCAAGUUGAUGCCUGCAUGAUAAGAUUAAUAUUGCAACAUUUUUGGUGCGGUAUUCAUUAUGCGGUUAUGAAACAUUUCUCUGAACAGAUUGGGGAGCACGGCAUCGUGAUUCUUGACUGUUAUCAUACAUAACAUUGAUGCUAAUGAUUAUUUUGGGGGAAAUCAUGUAUACAAUGUACAAUACAGUCAAUGCCAGAAUUAUAGGAAAGCAAACUUGUAUAGUUAACCAAAAAGAGUGAUGUUUUGUUGUCUACCCCUUCUCUCACCUUAAAAUCAUAAAACAGCAAGAUUAAGUCAACCGAAACUUAAAUUAAAAUUAGAAUAUCGAUUCAAUAAAUGGUUGCUCAACAAAA